CAUCUAAUAGAUCCAGAUAAAAUUUGGUAUCUACAACCUUGAAGAUUCUCAACAUAUGUUGAGAGAAUUAGUACUACAUCUGCCUUCAGUGAUGGAACAUCCCUGGUGGCUUCUCCAAAAACAAAGAAAACAGGAGCUGAAACUAGAGAAGAGCUGUUGAGUAGCCUGUUGUUGAGGUCUGAGUCAUUGGCUGCAAUGGAAUCAGGAAUUCUGCUGGCUAUGAAUGGUGAAGCACUACAACCCCACAAGGCUCCUCAACUGGAUCCCCAGCAGGGAAGUAAAUUUACUGUUCAGCUAUUUCAAGGUACUUUUGAAGAAACCCUUGUUUCAUUUCAGAAAUCCCUUCAUGGAGAUACGAGGAACCUUCAUAUUGAAAUUUUAAGACAAUUCCACAUGCAGAAGAUGGAAAUGUCUGGUGUGAUGAGCUCUAUUUUAGAGAACCAAGCUGAACUGAUAGAAGAGGUUAAGUCUCUAAGGAAAGAAAAUCAGCAACUUCGUCAAAUGCUUUGAGUACCAAGUUAUAGCGGUACUAUGCCGGUCAGUGAAUCUCUUUUGAUCACCUCCCUGUUUUAUUUUUUAUUUUUUAUUUUUUUUAUGAUUUCUGCCUUAUCAGUAGGCUUGUUUCAUAUUAAAGUAAAAUUGCUUCUCGGCUUUUGUUUGUACAGAAAUGGAUAAAAGUAUCACCAAAAAAAAAUUGACAUAAUGAAAAGCGUAAAUAUUUGGGGCUAAAAGAUUGGUUUUUAAAAUGAAUAUAUAAAUAAAUCUCAGUUGAUUGACAAAUGAAGCUCCUCCUUAUUUUUAACAGAGUGAUAUGAAUAUCGAGUUCCGUGUGUCAACGUUGAUUGAAAAUUUACAUAUUAUAUAAAAAUAUUUCUGCUUAUGUAUUUUACUUUCCUCAUUUUAUUACAAGCUGCGCUCUAAUGUCAUCAACAACUUUUAACGCAA